UAAAGCGCUACAGUAUAUAAAUAAAGGUGACUUGACUUGACUUGACAAACCUUACAUUGGGUGGUGGCCUAAUAAAUAUGUUAAGCACUGUGUGUUGCUCUCAUAGAGCGAAAAAUCCUCUUGAUUGCCUUCUGGAGGAGAAAAGAAGAAGAGCUGUUCAUUCCUAAAAACAAUAAAUAACUGUAUAUUGAAUGUAAAUUGUAUUAAUUGUAAAAUAUAUUGUAUAAUAAUAAUAACAUUUUUUUACAUAGUUUUAGCACAAAGUAGGCCUAGCUAAUUAAACCUUUUUUUCAAGUAAGUAUGAGGAUUCAAGAUGUGUUGUAAACAAACGCUGUGAGGGCACUUCAGAAGUGUUUUCCAGAGCACCUGUGGCCUAACUUGGAUUUUCCCAUGUGUAAAGGGCAGAACAAAUUUUCGAGUCACACGUCUGACUCAGAGUUAAUCAUUAUCAGAAACUUCAGUGCACUCAAACUGAACAGCUCUCCUGUUUCAUUUAGCUUAUUACCAGUUAUAAUUCACAUUUGAAAUGUUACAGAAAGGCUUUUAUCUGGUUUGGCUUCUGUUAUUAUUUGGGUUGAGCAACAGUGGAGCGCUGAAGGACCCUCAUCCAGAGCUUUCUGAUCAGGAGCUUUUCUGGGGAGCCGAUCAGUAUGACUUUUCCAUCAUGCUGCAUGCUGGAGACCUCCAGUGCUACUGGCACUUUGCUCACUUCGGCGAGCGCUUCUACUUAAACUUCAUGGUCCAGCUGGUGACCGGUGUGGCUCUGGACAGACAUCUCUCUGUGACUGUUAAUGCUCCGAGCGGUUUAAUAGUUGGCAAAAUUGACAAUUCAAGUGGUCAGAUUGCCUUCAGUGUUAAGGAGACUGGUUUUUAUCAGAUGUGCUUCAGUAAUUUCCACAAUCGCUUUGGGAGCAUGCAGGCUUUCCUGAACUUUGGUGUGUAUUACGAGGGACAAAAGGAAGAAGAGAAGAAAAAGAAAGAAGAGUAUAUGAAACAGAUAAAUAGUACACUCUCCUUCAUUGAGGAAAGCAGCAGCAGGCUGCAGAGGUUUGUCUUCCACAUGUGGCGUCAUUAUAACUACGAGAGAAUGAGACGCGGCACAGAUUUCUACCUGCUUCAGUCCAACUCCAAUUAUGUGAACAUCUGGUCUGCUGUCCAAAGUCUGCUCAUCAUCACAGCUGGAUACCUGCAGCUCUACUGCCUCAAGAGACUCUUCAACACCAAACCAGCAGAGGGAGACAAACCCCGCUGUUAACAUCAACAUCAAUCCAGCAGAGAGAGACAAACCCCACUGUUAACAUCAACACUAAACCAGCAGAGAGAGACAAACCCCGCUAUUAACAUCCACAACAAACCAGCAGAGGA